GUUGAGUGUCCACUAUCUGACGAAGGACUUUUUGCUUCUCCUUGAAGGCGAAGGUCUGGGAAAAAGGAACAGCAUCAAUGAAAUUGAAGAGAGAGUCAUUCGGGGGAAGAGUUCUAAGACCCUAUGUCCCAGAGAUUCUUCCUUGGGUUCAGCCUUCGUGGAUGCCGUCGAGGGCGAAGAGAAUGUGGGUCCCGCCACGCACAUGUUGUCUUAUACCUGGAAGUAUGCCAUUGGAGACAUUGCCGACAGCCUUGAGCAUUGGUCCAGGGCCAGCUUUUUAGAUCCCAAAGAGGUUUACAUUUGGAUGUGCUGGGCCUGUGUCAACCAGCAUCGCGUGCAAGAGAUGAGGCGAAAGGGCGAAGUUGUCCCAUUCGAGGAAUUCAAAGAGGUCUUCGAGGGUCGUGUGAAAAGCAUCGGCAAGAUUGUUGCCCUCAUGAUGCCUUGGCAUGCUCCAGCAUACCUUGAGCGAAGUUGGUGUAUGUUGGAACUACACACAGCCAUUCAAUUGGGCACUGCUUGUGAGCUCACGAUUUUGAUGCCUCCCAAGGAGGAGGAACAAUGGACCAUGAGCCUUAUGAAUGGCGCUGGUUUCGAGCAAAUCUACACCACCCGACGGGAGGCAUCCAUCAGUUCGGCCCGGGCCAGUGUGCCAGCAGAUCAGGAGAAUAUCCUACGACUGGUGGACAGUGGGCAGGGGAGGCGCCUCUUUGAUGCACAGCUUAAGAGGCAUCUCCAAAGCUGGUUUCUGCAUUCUGCCAGUAAACAUGUACAAGAGCUCCCCCUGAAAAUGCUGAAGGCCUGUUCCCAAGUUGGGAAGUUGCUGAGUGCUUUCUCUUCUUUGGAUGAGGCGGCAUCGAUUUUGGACUUCGGUCUGUCAACCAAAACAAGUCUUAUCACCUGGCAUGCCCAGUCUCAGCAGUCCAGGGAUGAAAUGGCCAUUGAUGUGGGUAACAUUUGGCACGAACGUGGUUGGAUCGAGCACAAAAGGGGCUUGCACCAAAGUGCCACAGAGUUUUACACCACAGGUCUAGAUGAACUGCGGCAGUUGGGUGCUUCAGAUAGCAUUGCUGGGUGCAAGCUCCUACGCGCAAGGGCAAGAGCCUUGGUGCGGGAUGAACCAGAUGAAUUCUUCUCAGACCAUUGCCCUCCCGCGACAGAUUUGGAGAAGGCUUUGAGAGAUAUGCAAGCGGCCCUGGAGAUUUUGAAAGGGCAUGGUUUGCAAGAUACUGAAGAAGGUGCCAAGACUUACAACAACCUGGGUCUUUUACAUUCCCUUCGCUCAGAUUUUGCUGUGUCUGCUGAGAUGUUUGAAGCAGCUGGUCGCGUUCGAACUCUGACUGGCACACUGAAAAUGCCAAUGAAUGCCCGACGGCUGUACAACUUUGGUAGCAUGCGUUUGAAGCAGGGCCGUAUCGCAAGGGAAGCGCUGCAAGAAAAGGCUGUCUCUGAUGCUCAAUAUGUUUCUCAGACCGCGACAGAGGAUUCACAGUUCUUCACACAGGCAGCGGAGCUCUUGCGAGAAGCGGUCGACAUACUGGAAGAGUAUGAAUUCAAAGACGACUUAGCGGCGCUUUGUCAACAGAAACUGGCUUGGAUAGCAAAGUCGAUGUCUCAAGCUGAUCUUCCGCCCAAAGAAACUCGCUUGGUCUCACCCCAGCUGGAAAUUCAGCUGGAGCUUCAUUGA